ACUAGUCGAGAAGUAACAUAUGAACACGACUUUCAUGUGAUUGGAUUGAAUUUUUAUUUUUGUUUUUUUUGUUGUCUUUUUGGCUUAAUAAUUUUUUUAUAUUAGACCUUAAACUACUUUGUGUUCUUCGAGAUAGUGGGUAACCUCAACAUUUACCAUCUUCGUGACCAAGAUAUUACCUCACUGCCAUUUUUAACCAAUAAUAAUGAGAUUGUUCCUAUCCACUGCCACCGCUUCAUCUAUCCAAUCUUGAUGCGUUCCAAUCGACCGCCUUUUAAUUAUUUACUUCAAAUAUGCAUCUUCUCUUCUAUAUUUAUCGUACAUCUUGCAAUUUCAUCACCGGCCAACACAAAAAAGAAAUAGCGCUCAGGUAUGCCUCCAUCACAGAACCAUCGACUACGCCUAACCAACUCAGCUUCUUAGUAAUGUGUCAUAAACUCAGCUACAGAACCACAGAAUUCAAGCAACAGUGCAGAAAAAACAAGGAAUUGACUUAUAUUGAUUAUGAAUCUCAAGUAGAAGAUGAUAUUCUUCCCAUCUUUCGAAAAGGAGAGAGAAAAAGCAAUUGUUCUUAAUUUGGAGCUUGGUAUUGCUACGUGAAAAUUGGGGAUUAAAGAAUCUUGCAUCUCUUUCUCUUUUUCCCUAUUUGCCCUUCUUAAGCAACUAACCUCCAUAUGUACUUAUGUUACAGUCUUCAUGGGUUAAUAUGUGGUGAAAACAUGAAGCUAGAUUGUCAUUCUGAUAGAGGUGGUCAUGUACUUUUUAAAAAUUCCAAUCUUACCGUUUUGGCCCCUUUUUCUAAUUUGAUGUAUUUUUUGUAAUUGACUAAUUUUCAUAUCAAUUAUGUUUUCCAGGUGAAGUAUUCAAUCUCCUUCACUAUUCACAAUCACCUCGGGUAACGCAUGUCUAAAAUUCUAUUGAGUUUAAUUUUAAAUUCACGAAUUCUUUAAAAUUUCAAAUUUGUUUUUGAUGUUUUAUUUACUUGAGUAUGUUUAAUUCAUACUAGUUUAUGUAGAAAGGUCUGGAUGGUAAGCCACUACCUGGAACAUUGUUGUUUAGGUGAUGAUGAUCAAGCGAUUAAAGUUGAUUUUAUUGCAUAGUAUUUAAAAGAAUUUGUAUAAUUCUAAAAAAAGAUAACAUUUUUAUUCAUUUUCUAAAUUGUAUAUGAUCUUUGGUCUUAAGGAAUAAGUUGGUGUGAGAGACAUCAGAACAGGACCAAUUAAGCUAAAAAAAUAAUGUAUUAUAGCAAUUAACUUUCUUGAUAUAUGCAUAUGCUGUUGCAGGUAUAUGGAGUUAAUUAAAAACUAUGGUUUGGAUAUUUCUGAUAUUGGAAUUGAACCCAAUAAUGGAUUAACAUGGCAAAUGACAAAAAGAAAAGGUGAUAAAGAACUUCACAAAUAUAUGUUCACUGCUUUUUAUUUUAAUUUCUUAAUUUUUAAUAUCUAGAUUAGUUGAACUGUGGUAAUCCGCACUAUGUUUCUUCAAUGUAAGCCUAUUGGACUAUGCAUAAGAAAUGAAGCAUAUAGUUCCAAUUGUUGUAGGAUAUGAUUAGUUGUAGGUUGGAGGGAUUUUUUUAAUGUAGGAUUACUUCUGAUUUGCUUGAUCUUAACUUAAUAUUGUAGCAUCUGGGGACCCAAAAACUCUAAAUCCAAUGCAUCUACUUUGUUUUAUUGUAA